AUGGAGACAACCACAGCCGUAAGCGAGUUAAAUCCGUUAUUGGACGAAGAGGCUGUUGAACAUUACACAACAGCAAUCAAUGAUACCGAAGAUGCUAUUCAAUCAGGUGAAGAGGAUGAGGACGAGGACGAAGAGCUUGCAUGGAUACGGGAACACGCGGAGCUUCACAAGCAGACGUGCUGGUUUAUGAGGCCAUCAAUGUUUCAGUUGUGCUUUGUCUUAGUCAGUGUCACUCUAGCAAUGUCGAUGGCAGAAGGUACAAGAAGAAUUGUGCUCUUGAAGUUGGCAUGUAAUUCCUCUCUUGAUUCGAAAGGACUCUGCUCCCCGGUGGAUACUCAACUUAUUGUAUCAACAUAUGACCAGUAUGCUUUGUUUGGAACCACACUUUUGUCCUUCUUUGCAAUUUCAAAAUUUGGUUUGUCUGACUUGUAUGGGCGGAAACCGUUCUUGGCAGCUGGUGUCAUUUCUUUCACCGCUUCAAAUUGCCUACUGUUUUACUUGUACCAUUACCAAACUUUCAAAUUCAAAUGGCUACUUCUUUCGUCAGUUUUGUCGGCUGUGGGGGGAGGCUACAUGAUUAUAGGAACUAUUGUUAAUACAUGUGUCAUUGAUUUGAACCAGAAACCAUCAGAACGAGCUAAUGCGUUAGCGCGGGUGUCUGCAUUCACAAAUGGUGGACAGUUUUUAGGUCCAUUGUUAGGCACACAGUUGAGUUCGUGGGCAAAGGUGUCCUAUGAUGCCAACCCUGGCAAACAGAUCCACAUUCAGGGUAUAACACGAAGUACGAAAGUGUUGAAUAGCGAGUUUUUCAUUUUGAAGCUCGAGUUGGUGAUUGAGAUUGCCCUUUGCUUAUUCGUUGUGUUUAUCUUUAGCGAAACCCGCACUCCGAAGGCCUUGGCAAGAUCAAGAGCCAAUUCAGUUACAACGAGAAGCUCAGCAGCGUCGCAGUUGGAAGCUUCAAACAGAGACACUCCUGGGUUAAUUCACAGACUUGGAAAUGAAUAUCUCGCUCCCUUGAAAGCAUUGUUUCAUCGCAAGGGCACAAUGAGAUUUAUGGUGAUCUCUUUAACGUUGGUUAUUGUUCUUGACCAGGUCUUGAUGCUUGGGUUCAGCCAAGUUUUCAUUAACUGGGUGGUUUACAAAUUCGAUUUCGAAGCAACAGACAUUUCCUAUCUCCUUUCAUUGUUUUCAAUUGCAAGAGUUUUUAGCCUUGUUGUAUUGCUUCCCUUUUUCCAAACCACAGUGCUUAAAGGGUGGUUCAAAUUUAAAGUUUUGAAAUCGCAAUUUGACAUGAUUGACAUGAUUUUGACCGUGAUGGCAUUGGUGGUUGACCUCGGUGUGUUUGGACUUUUGUGUUUGGCUAAAUCAAAAGCGGAUGUUUUCGCGUCGUUGUCACUAUGGUCGUCUGCGUCAUGGACAGUCCCUGUGUUGCUUGCUGCAGCCCUAAAGUAUUUCCCUACAAGCAAAGUAGGUGGAUUUUAUUCUGCGCAGGCAUUGCUUCUGAAUAUCCUCACAGUUAUUGGUCCACUUGUGAUAAUGGGUGUUUACAAAUGGUCGUUGAGGCAAGAAUGGGAUAACUUCAUUUUCUUGCUUUAUGGAGGUUUCAUGGUUGUGUUUAUUUUGGUAGUGUUUAUCGGUAAAUGGGUAUCCGGGUUGACGAGCAGCACUGAGGAGGAAAGAGUCGUUAGAAGGUCCACAUCAGUAAACUUUGCUGGAGAUUUGGUCAAUGGAGUUUAG